AAUAAAAAAUCUGCCUCUCAGGUACUCUUUCUCCAUUUUGUCAUUAUUCAUUAUUCCAUUUUGUCAUUAUUCAGCUCUCUGUGAGCUUUACCUUAUAGGGUUUUGUGGGCAUUAUGAUAUGCAAAUGAGCUACAUCAUGUGCACAUGUUUUGCACAUUACAAAUGAUUGGUAUUUAUCAACAUGCAUUUGAGUAUAAAACGAAUCAGUGUUACUGCAAUAACUUUUGUAAAUCUGGCAAAAAAAAUCUGUAGUUCGAUGUGGACUAAGAAAGUGCACACAUGAUUUUACUGAAAGAUUGAUAAAUGAGGCCCACUGUGUGCACGAAUGAAUUAGAAAUAAUUUUUUACAGUAUUUAGAUUGCCAAAAUGCUCUCAUUUGUCACGCAAAUUAUCAGCCAAUGUAUACAAUAUGCACAUCAUUGUAAAUUUGGAAAAGAAAAAAAAAGUUAAACUGUACAUUCUGGAAAUUCUGCUUGUAGUGUGUUUGUGCAAAUAAGGUUUGCAUGUAUUUACAUGUCCUUUCAUUGUGCUGAAAAAAAAAACAUGGAAAGACAUGGAUAUUUGUUAACUCUAUGAAUAACUAAACCCAGCCUCUUUAUUUCAUUUUAUGUUAUUGUAUUUUUUUUCUUUAGUAAAAGUACACAUUCAGUGAUUUUAGUCCCUCAAAUGGACAAAUACUCAAAAGCAAGUUAUAAAGUACUAUAUUCAAAACUCGUGGAAGAUGAUAUACAGAAUGCUGUCACAACUAAGAUAUAUGAUGUCAUAAAUAUUUAUUCAUUAAUUCGUUCAUGUAUUAAUCUUCAGUAACUGUUUUAUCCCAGGUCAGAGUACCAGUGAAGACUGUAUAUUAUUUAUUUGUCCAUAAUUAUAUUCCUUUAAAUCCAGUGCUAUGAUAUCCUCCUAUCCUAAAUGUUCCAGGAACGUUCCAGAAAUUCAGUAUUAACGGGCAAAGAAUCAUCCUUCGUAUGUGUUAUGAAUACUGGAAUGGAUGUCUCAAUUUGCAUACUGUGCACCACAAUGUUUCCACUUGCUGAGCCACUUUUAAAAAGAAAUUUCAUGCUUUGAUGUGUUCAUUAUUUCUUGGAAAUUACAAAAUUUAAAAAAAAAAAAAAAAGAAAGAAAGAAAGAAAAGUAAAGAAAUUUUAAAAAAGAAAAGAAAAGAAAUACUGUUACUACUACUGAUGAUGAUGAUGAUGAUACAUACAUACAUACAUACAUACAUACAUACAUACAUACAUACAUAUAUAAUUUUUAAACUUUACCAACUUAUUGUAAUGGACAUUUUCAAAAUAAUCCCAAGUGUAUCCUGGAAACUUAAGCAUCCAGUCAUUAAGUCUGCUACUUCUUCUGAAAUUAUGCUAUGUUUACUAGCAGAUAGAAUAUGCACACACAAGUUUAGCGUGCAGUGUUUGCAGAUUGCAUUCUUUUCUUUGUGAAAACCAUUCCAGUUUCAUACAGGCUACACAUGGAGAGAGAUAACAUUAUAUACAAUAUACAGGAAAAUAAUCAAUUCACAUGUCAGACUGGUUUAUAUUAGUCUGUAAACCAAAAUGUUUUGAAGCUGGACAUGUAUUCUUUAUCCCCAGGUUAGUUUAUUUAGGAGUCACUUCCGUGUGGAAAAUUGAUGUUGUGAUGUCACAGCAUGCAAAUGCAAGGCUGUGGAUGUCAAUAGUAAAGCCUUUGAGUGAAAGCAAAGAGCACACUCUGGUAGGAUUCUGACUUGCCCUUGGAUUACAGAUUGGUACAAUGAGAAUUGACUUUAUUUUCACUUUAUUUUAACUUCAUUCACAGUCAUUAAUGAUAACACUUUAGUUUUAAUAGAAUAUUUGCAGUUAAUUUUCUAUUUUUACAUACUUUUUUUAAUGUAAGCUUAAUAUCUUUUCUCUUUAUUAACUCAUCACUCUCCACUUGGAUCCAAUUUUUUUUUUAUUUGUUAUGUGGAUUGUAUUUGGUAACCUAGCUCCAUGAAAGGACGUUUACUUCAAGAAAUAUGAGCACAUCAAUGGAUAUGCCUGAGGAAGAUGAAUCAGGACAAUCCAGCAAAGCAGAAAAUGUAGAGAGCAUGAGAAACCAGUUGAAAGCAGAGGUAGAAACAAUAGAUGAAUUUGAGAAUAACUGCAUGAAGGAAGCUCUGCUCGCUAGCCGAAAGUCAAAGCCCAAACUUGUGUCUGCUCAGGCUGUGCUCUCAUCCAGACUAGAACCAGAAAUUAUUCAAAAGGAACUGUUUGUGAGUGCUUCAGAAAAGCCAGAGGACUGGGAACCUAACAGUAUGCUGAACUGGUCUGAAACCAACACUGGAGCAAAAGAGAAAGACAGAGAAAAUGAAAAUACGAAACACACUGCUGGUAAAGGGGGUUUAUUUUCUGGUGAAAUGUCCAGAAAGAAUACGUGGCUAGCUGGACAGAGGGAAAGAUUGAGAGGGAAGAGGAGAGAGAGGCUGGAAGGUAGAGCAGAGAACAUAGAGGAGGAGGAUGACAACACCGCUAAUGAGAAAGAAAUGAACCCAGGGAUUAGACUGAGACACACACAAAGGCAGUGGAGCUCUAAGGAAGCACAAGAUGAAGAGUCAGAAAAGGAUGUGACAGGGCUGAGAGGGGCAGCGCAAGGAAAUAUCGAUGGGGACGCAGAGAUGAGAGGAACGAUCCCCCACCGCAUAUUCUCAAAGGUUUUAGCCAAUUCUUUUGCCUCAUCAUCUUCCUCCUCAUCAUCAUCUUUCAACUAUUCUUCAGCGGAAAGUGACGAGGUCUUCAGUGAGGGAGAGGAGAUGGCCAAGAGGAAAGAUGUGAGAAGGUGUCGAUCCUGGAGGACAUUCCUGACUAUGAUGCAGUGGUCAAAGCGCAGGCAGAGUUCCUGGAUACAGCUGGCUGGACACCAAGGUAACUUCCAGCUGGGUGAAAGUGGGGAAGUGCUGAAGAGAUUCAAUGAGGUGGAGGAUACCUGUCUGCAGGCACUCAUGUCUGAUCCACUCCAUCAAUUUGUGCCUCGUUAUCACGGGCACAUCAGCAGGAACGGAGAGAACUACAUCCGUCUGGAGGACCUGCUGAGCGGCCUCAAGCAGCCUGUCAUCAUGGACUGCAAAAUGGGCAUUCGCACCUACCAAGAGGAGGAAAUUGUGAAAGCAAGAACCAAAGCUAGUAUCCGAAGAGAUAUGUACCAGAAGAUGGUGAAAGUAGAUCCUACAGCUCCUACAGAAGAAGAACAUGCACGGAGAGGCGUGACAAAGCUGCACUACAUGCAAUGGAGAGACAGCACAAGUAGUACAGCAACACUAGGAUUCCGCAUAGAAGGCAUAAUGACAGAGAAUGGGAUUGUACAACGAGAUUUUAGUCAAACUCAGAGCAAAGCACAAGUUACAGAGGCCCUGCUAUUAUUUACCAAGAGGCAGGUUGACAUUCUUGAAGCCUAUCUGUCCAGGCUGGAUGUGCUGAAAGAGACAUUAAAGGAGUCUGCCUUUUUCAGAAGCCAUGAGGUAAUAGGCAGCUCUCUCCUUUUCGUCCACGAUCGUCCCACCAACAAAGCCAACAUAUGGAUGAUUGAUUUUGGGAAGACCACUCCAGUGCCCAGUAAUGUGCAUCUAAAGCAUGAUAUUCCAUGGGUUGAGGGAAACCGGGAAGAUGGAUAUCUAUUGGGGCUGGCAUCCCUCAUCUCUUUGCUGCAUGUUGCUAUCAGGGAAAUUAGGGGACAAGGCCUGAAGACCCACCAUUCACUGACAGAGCACAUAGUGUCAGAAUUUAAUCAACACCAGCCUGGGAUAAAUGAGGCAACAACAGACUUUUUAAAGGAAACUACUGUCACCAACAAUAUGGACUGAUGCUGGAUAGAGUCAUUGCAUAUAUCCUGUAUAUACAUCAUACAUACAUACAUACAUACAUACAUACAUA